AAUUCAAAAAUGAUGUCAAAACUAUCCACAGAGGAUCGGGUACAGAAAUCAGGUUCACACGGGUCCCACCACGACUUCCUUUUUUCUAGUUUCUUCCUACUCUUUCCCACUCUCGUCUCCUUUCCCUUUUCUUCGUCUCGAAGGUAAACUAAGAGAAAGAAACUAAUAAAACCAAUACUCAGCGUUCUCUCUAAAAAUCACUAUUAAAUCGAAAAAGAAAAUCCCUAAACGAUGCAAGAAGCAGAGCUUCACGAUUUAUCAGACGACGCCGAUUACGCAGCGUCUCAACAACAAGGAUCAGCGAGUAUAAUGCGGUGCGACAGUGGGAAAAAAAGCUCGUCAAGUGAACCCGAGGGAGCCCAGGUUGUUUAUUUGAAGGAUAAUGUUACAAUUCAUCCUACUCAGUUUGCCUCUGAACGGAUUAGUGGAAGAUUGAAGUUAAUUAAGCAAGGCUCUUCUCUCUUCAUGACAUGGAUUCCAUACAAAGGACAAAGUACAAAUGCAAGACUAUCUGAGAAAGAUAGGAAUCUUUAUACCAUUAGGGCAGUGCCAUUUGCUGAUGUGAGAUCCAUCCGGAGACACACUCCAGCUCUUGGGUGGCAGUACAUUAUUGUUGUUCUGUCAUUUGGACUUGCAUUUCCUCCACUUUACUUCUAUAAUGGAGGAGUUCGAGAGUUCCUUGCUACAGUAAAGCAACAUGUUUUACUCGUGAGGUCAGCUGAAGAUGCUAAUGUAUUUCUUGUUAAUGACUUUCAAAAUCCUCUGCAGCGAACUUUGUCUUCGUUGGAACUACCUAGGGCAGUUUCCAUUGCUAGUGUGCCAUCAACACCUGUUUCAGUUGGGGAGUCUUCUUCACAACAAAAUGAAGAGAGGACUGAUGUAAGUGCUAGUAUUCCUCAAUAUAAUGGAACGCAGAGGCAGAAAGGUCAUGAUCCUGCUCGAGAUAUUUCAAUUCAAGUUUUGGAGAAAUUUUCUCUUGUAACAAAGUUUGCCCGCGAAACAACUUCACAGCUUUUCCGUGAGACUCAUAGCAAUGGUUUUGGCCCUUUAGAGAGGAGAAACUCUAACCAGUCUGCCCUUGAUUACAGUCACAAAUCAUCUGAGUAUAAAGAGGAUGUUCCUGUUCAAAGCCCUGUUGAUCCAGAUCCUCUUGAGUUUGACAAACUCUCAUUAGUUUGGGGAAAACCCCGACAACCACCUCUGGGGUUGGAAGAGUGGGCCACAUUCUUGGAUUCUGAAGGGCGAGUGGUGGAUCCAAAAGCUUUAAGAAAAAGAAUAUUUUAUGGAGGAGUUGAACACAAAUUUCGAAAAGAGGUCUGGGCAAUAUUGUUGGGAUACCAUUCAUAUGAAUCAACGUAUGCAGAGAGGGAGUAUCAAAAGUCUAUCAAAAAGACAGAAUAUGAAACAAUAAAAAACCAGUGGCAGAGUAUCUCUCCUGGACAGGCAAAAAGAUUUACAAAAUUUAGAGAGAGGAAAGGCCUUAUAGAGAAAGAUGUGGUAAGGACAGACAGAUCGCUCUCUUUCUAUGAUGGGGAUGACAAUCCAAAUGUGAAUCUUUUACGUGAUAUUCUCUUGACCUACUCUUUUUACAACUUUGAUCUUGGUUACUGUCAGGGGAUGAGCGAUCUGCUAUCUCCAAUUUUGUUUGUGAUGGAGGAUGAGUCAGAAUCAUUUUGGUGUUUUGUGGCUCUGAUGGAACGCCUUGGGCCCAAUUUUAAUCGUGAUCAAAAUGGCAUGCAUUCUCAGCUUUUUGCAUUAUCUAAGCUGGUGGAGUUGCUGGACAGACCUCUGCACAAAUAUUUCGAGCAGAAUGACUGCUUGAAUUAUUUCUUUUGUUUCCGUUGGAUUCUGAUACAGUUUAAAAGGGAACUUGAAUACGAGCAAACAAUGCGAUUGUGGGAAGUAUUGUGGACGCAUUAUUUGUCGGAGCACCUCCAUCUGUAUGUGUGCGUAGCUAUCUUGAAGCGCUAUCGAGGGAAGAUAAUGGGAGAGCAAAUGGACUUUGAUACCCUCUUGAAGUUCAUCAAUGAGCUGAGUGGGCAGAUUGAGCUUGAUGCGAUCCUCAGGGAUGCGGAAGCUUUAUGUAUAUGUGCGGGAGAGAAUGGAGCUGCUUGCAUCCCACCUGGAACUCCACCUUCAUUGCCAGUUGACAAUGGUUUAUUCUAUAGUCAGCAAGAUGAUGAAGUACUGUGAAUUGAUUCACCAUUAUGUUUUAGUGUGAAACAGAUUCAUUGACCUUGUAUUUAGCUGUUUUUUUAACAAAACAUUAAUGCGAAUGGAUUGGAUGAAUCAUAAUAUAAUUUCUUUUUCGUUCAGAGGUAGUGUAACAUGUUUUAUGUAAACCUUUUUGGUUUUUUCUAAGAUUUCCAAAUAAUUGUCUUGUUCUUAUAUCUGAUUAUUUGGUGGAUUUUUAUUCUUUUAUCAAACCUGAAAGUUUAUAAAA